AGAAUAGCAUUUGACUUGGUUUCAGAAGAGAGAGAAGAAGAAGAAGAGAAGAGAAGAAAGAGAAAAAGGUAAAGAAUGAAGAAAAUUCAAUCGAAUCGAAUACAAUUUUGACGUCCGCAAGGACACACUCUCUCUCCCCCUCCUCUCUCUCUCUCUCUCUCUCUCUCUCUCUCUCUACAACUCUCUAAUCUCCCUCUCUAAAGCUAAACGGCCGAAGGACAGGACUUGCGCUCAGAGCCAACGCACACUGUGAGAAAACCCUAAAAAAGAACAAAAUCCCAACGCAAUAUUGAAGCCCAACUCAGUGAAUAAUCAAAUAUCGGGGUUUUAUGCAUUAGAAUCUUUGUGGGUUUUGGAAAGUCUUUCUCUUUCCUUCUAUCCCUCACUGUUCGAAGCUCUACUGGAGUGACAAGUUUCGAGAUUUCUACUCUGGUUUUGGCAGAGAGUUUGAUUUGUUUGUUAUUUAGCUUUUUUUGCCCAAAGGCUGGAGUUAUGGUGGAUCUGAAAGUUCGUGUAAUAAACAGAGACUCAUGCGGAAGCAGGUCGGAGACUGCUCUCUUGGUGAAGAUAGCGAGAUUGUAGAAUGUUCAGAAUCAGAGCCUGUUCAUUGGUAUUUGGUUUCUUUGUUAUUUGGCCUGUGUCUGGUAAAACUGAACACAGCGUUCCCAGACACAAUGCUUACCCUUUUGUGUUGGUGCACAAUAAAGACUCUGCAGCCUAUGGCCUUGGAUGUAGGGGUAUAAUGCUUUCAGAAUUGAGCUCCAUCCCCGAGUUUUUGCGUCUUGUUAUGUAAUCUAGGUUUGUGGAAUUCACGUUGUUUUAGAUAGAUUUAGUACUUUCACCGAGUAUUUCUAGAUUGUGAUUUUGAAAGCAUGGUACCUUCGGGGUCGUCCACUCCAAUUGGUGGUGCCCAGUCUGUUUCACCUUCACUUUUGCGUUCAAAUUCUGGAAUGUUGGGAGGUCAAGGUUCCCAGUCGGCUUUUCCCUCGCUUGCCUCACCCCGUACUCAAUACGGUAAUAUGAAUAUGCUUGGCAAUGUAGCCAAUGUGUCUUCUCUCCUUAGUCAGUCGUAUGGAAAUGGAAUUUCGAAUCCGGGCCUCUCUGGUCCUGGUAGCAGCCAACGUGGAGUUAUGGAUACUGGUGCUGAAUCGGAUCCACUUUCUGGUGUUGGCAAUGGAAUGGGUUUCAAUGCACCUUCUUCAUCAUAUGGUGCAUCAAACAUGGCUAAUCCUGGUACGUCGGGUCAAGGGCAAGGGCAACAAUUUUCAAACCCUCCUGGUAACCAACUGUUGACAGAACAACAGCAGCAGCAACUUGAAACACAGAAUUUCCAGCAUGGUCAGCAGCCAAUGCAACAGUUCUCAUCCCCUCACAAUACACAGCAGCAGCAACACCAAUUUCAGGCUAUUCGAGGAGGCUUAGCUGGUGUUGGGUCGGUAAAGUUAGAGCCCCAAUUGACAAAUGAUCAACAUGGACAGCAGCAGCAGUUGCAGUCUUUAAGGAGUCUUCCAGUGAAAAUGGAACCACAGCAACUUCAAACAAUGAGGAGCUUGCCACCUGUAAAAUUGGAACCCCAACAUUCCGAUCAGCCAUUGUUUUUGCAUCAACAGCAGCAACAACAACAGCAACAACAAAUCCUCCACAUGUCAAGGCAGUCUUCUCAGAAUGCCCAGAUGAACAUUAUGCAUCAGCAGAGAUUAUUGCAGUUACAACAACACCAUCAACAGCAACAUAACCAGCAACAGCAACAACACCAGCAACACCAGCAACACCAGCAACACCAGCAGCAGCAAUUCUUGAAAGCAAUACCUCAACAGCGCCCCCAAUUACAGCAGCAGUUUCCACAGCAGAAUCUGCCCAUGAGAUCUCCUGCAAAACCAGUAUAUGAGCCUGGAAUGUGUGCUCGGCGUUUGACACAUUAUAUGUAUCAGCAACAACAUAGGCCUGAAGACAACAACAUUGAGUUCUGGAGAAAAUUUGUUGCUGAAUAUUUUGUACCCCAUGCGAAGAAGAAGUGGUGUGUUUCUAUGUAUGGAACUGGCCGACAAACAACUGGCGUUUUUCCUCAGGAUGUAUGGCACUGUGAAAUAUGCAAUCGCAAGCCUGGGCGUGGCUUUGAAGCGACUGUUGAGGUUCUUCCCCGGCUUUUUAAAAUCAAGUAUGAAAGUGGUACUUUGGAGGAGCUUCUUUAUGUUGAUAUGCCGCGUGAGUAUCAUAAUUCAUCUGGCCAGAUUGUGUUAGACUAUGCUAAAGCGAUACAAGAAAGUGUUUUUGAGCAACUUCGUGUUGUUCGGGAUGGUCAACUUCGGAUAGUAUUCUCUCCAGAUCUGAAGAUAUGCUCUUGGGAAUUUUGUGCAAGGCGCCAUGAAGAGCUUAUCCCUCGAAGAUUACUGAUACCUCAGGUUAGUCAGCUUGGUGCUGCAGCUCAAAAAUACCAGGCUGCUACUCAAAAUGCAUCAUCCAACAUAUCUCUUCCAGAGAUACAAAAUAAUUGUAAUAUGUUUGUAUCGUCAGCUCGACAGUUGGCAAAAACCUUGGAAGUGCCAUUAGUAAAUGAUUUAGGUUAUACAAAGCGAUAUGUAAGGUGUCUUCAGAUAUCAGAAGUAGUUAAUAGUAUGAAAGACUUGAUUGAUUACAGCCGAGAGACAGGGACUGGACCUAUGGAGAGCUUGGCCAAGUUUCCUCGAAGGACGAGUGCUUCGUCUGGCUUUCACAGUCGAGCACAGCAGUCCGAGGAGCAAAUGCAGCAGCAACAGCAACAACAAACGAUCGGCCAGAAUUCAAACGGAGAUCCAGGCUCUGUCCAGGCCGCUGCUACACAAAUUGCUGUCAGUAAUGGUAUUGCGAGUGUAAAUAAUGCUCCAAACACAGCAUCCACAUCUACCUCUGCAAGCACCAUUGUUGGGCUCCUCCAUCAGAAUUCAAUGAAUUCCAGACAGCAAAGUUCUAUGAAUAACGCAAACAGUCCCUAUGGAGGAAGUUCUGUUCAGAUUCCAUCCCCUGUUUCUGCUAGUGCAAUCCCGCAGAUGCAACCAAACUCUUCUCCAUUCCAGUCACCAACACCCUCAUCAAAUAAUCCUUCACAAACAUCUCAUGGUGCCAAUCACAUGAGUACAGCAAAUUCACCAGCAAAUAUAUCCGUGCAACAGCCAACCCUAUCUGGCGAGGCUGAUCCAAGUGAUUCCCAGAGCUCUGUCCAGAAACUUAUACACGAAAUGAUGAUGUCCAACCAACUUAACGGCCCAGGUAGUAUGGUCGGUGCUGGUUCUUUGGGAAACGAUGUGAAAAACGUGAAUGGGAUUUUGUCAACAAGCAACAACACAGGAUUGAACGGCAUGACUAACAAUAGCUCGGGCAUUGGGGGUGCUGGAUUUGGGAGUAUGGGUGGCGGACUUGGUCAGCAGCCUGCCAUGGCGAAUGGAAUAAGAGCAGCAAUGGGAAAUAAUUCUGUUAUGAAUGGAAGGAUCGGAAUGGCAUCAAUGGCUCGAGAACAAAGUAUGCAUCAUCAGCAACAGGAUCUGGGGAACCAGUUACUUAGUGGGCUUGGAGCGGUGAACGGUUUUAAUAAUAUUCAAUUUGAUUGGAAACAUUCUCCGUGAAAGGCUCUGUUGAUCAUGUUGAUGGCUCGUUUCACCGUUUCCUGAUAUAGCUGCUGCGCAGCAUGAGAAACCGCAGGAGUUGCCUCUGGCCCCGUGGAAGAUGGCAGUGCUGGGAUGAAAUGAAAUACUUGACAGGGCUUUCGCUCCCACUUUGUACUAAUCUGUUACUUAUAUAUAAAAGAAGGAAAUUUGGUGGCUGGUUGUGGCUGAAGAGGCUCAUUUUCUUGUGGUUUUUAAAUGUAUUUCAUUUUUUUUUUUCUUGUUUUGAAAUCUCGUCAUAGUGGUAUACAACGCAUCGUUUUUUAGUAUUAACAACUUUUUUCCCUAUGAGUAGAGAUGUCAAAGAGUGCAAAUGGUUUCCUACUUGGCUGUUGAUCGUUUCUUCCAAUCCUAAAGAUUGUAUUUCUGACCUAUUCGUUAGGCAUGUAUUUUUGUUA